AUGCACGUUGCGAAACUCUCCCUCAUCGGCGCUCUUGCCGCUGGUGUUUCGGCGGUCAAAGGACCUACUGUGCACAACAGAAGGGCUCCUGGGCCGAAGCUUCAGGUCUUGCCUCGACAACUACCAGCAGAGCCCACUGGCGUUCAGACAAUUGUCACUCCCAAUGGCGUUAACAUCACCUAUAAGGAACCGGGCAAAGAGGGUGUGUGUGAGACGACUCCGGGCGUCAAUUCAUACGCAGGCUUUGUCAACCUUGCUCCGGAUGUUCACAGCUUCUUCUGGUUCUUUGAGUCUCGAAAUGACCCAGCAAACGACCCGAUCACGUUAUGGCUCAAUGGAGGGCCUGGAAGUGACUCUUUGAUCGGAAUGUUUCAAGAGCUUGGCCCAUGCAAUGUUAGUGAAAAUUUGACCACGCACCUCAAUCCGCACGCAUGGAAUGAGGCCUCGAACAUGCUCUUCCUUAGCCAACCGUUAGGUGUGGGUUUCUCAUACGGCUCCAAGGGCCCUGGCUCGCUGGACCCCAACUUUGGACAAUUCGUGCCUCCAUCAGAGGCGAAUGUGACUGGAAGAUACCCAAUAAUCAAUGCGACCGAGAUUGAUACCACUGAUCUUGCUGCGAUCGCAGCCUGGGAGGUGCUCCAAGGAUUCUACGCAGCGCUCCCCCAACUAGAUUCAAAAGUCCAAUCAACCAAGUUCAACCUGUGGACCGAAUCUUACGGAGGACACUACGGCCCUGCCUUCUUCAACUACUUCUAUCAACAAAACCAAGCCAUUGCCAACGGUACUCAAACCGGCAAAUCCUUCGAGUUCGUGAACCUGGGGAUCAUGAACGGGAUUGUGGACGAAUACGUCCAAGCGCCUUACUACCCGAUCUUCGCCAACAACAAUACCUACGGGAUCAAAGCCGUGAAUGACACCGUUUAUAACUACAUGACCUUCGCCUGCUACAUGGACGACGGCUGCCUGGACCAGAUCUCCCUGUGUGCCGAGGCCGACACCACCACCCUCACAGGUCAAGCCGUAUGCACCGAGGCCGAGGACAUGUGCCGCGACAACGUCGAAUCACCGUACUACUACUAUGGCGGUCGUGGCGUCUACGAUAUUCGUCACCCGUACGACGACCCUACGCCGCCUACUUACUUCAUCGACUACCUCAACUUGGCCUCGACACAACAAGCCCUGGGCGUCGACACGAACUACACCACGGACUCCAACUAUGAGGUCUACUACGCAUUCCAGCAGACCGGCGACUUCAUCUACUUCAACUUCAUCGACGAUCUCGAGCAGAUCCUCAAUUCGUCCUCUGUCCGCGUCACCAUGGUCUACGGCGACGCCGACUACAUCUGCAACUGGUACGGCGGACAAGCCGUGUCCCUGGCGGCCAAGUGGCCCCACGCUGCUCAGUUCAAGAACUCGGGCUAUGUCCCCUUCGUGGUCAACGGCACCGAGUACGGCGAGACGCGCGAGUACGGCAACUUCUCCUUCACCCGCAUUUACGAGUCUGGCCAUGAGGUCCCUUACUACCAGCCAAUCGCCGCGCUGGGCUUCUUCACCCGCGCAAUCAACGGCCUGGAUAUCGCCACGGGCACAAAGCACGUGAACGGCACACAGGGAGGAACCAAGGGCAGCCCAAGCGCCACUCAUACGGAGCCCUUUGUGCCGCUGCCGACCAGCUCGUCGAGUUCUGCAGCCUCCUCGGCGGCGUCGUCAUCGGCGGCAGCGUCGUCUUCGUCGGUACCCAAAGAUCCAGCCAUCCCAGGUCGAUUUGCUAGACGGGGAUAUUACUACGGGGAUUGA